AUGGAAGACGAGCGCGCCGAAGAGCUCAGCACGCUGCAGUCCAUCUACCCGGAGUUGGUUAUCAGCGAUAGCGACCCCUACUCUGCCACUCUUGAACUGCUCGUGGCGCCUACCAAGCCUUUGCCUAUUACCUUCGAGCCACAGCAAGAUGUCGAACGACUUCCGUAUCUACCCCCACUACGUCUCGAAAUUAUCCUACCCGCCGAGUAUCCCGAACAAACACCGCCCGUAGUGAGGUUGUCUACGUCGCCAUCGUGGCUAGGCGAGGACCUCCAGGCUACACUCACAGCAGAAGCAAAGAUGUUAUGGGAUGAGUACGGCGGAGGUAGCAUUCUAUUCGCCUAUAUUACCUCUUUACAAGAACAAGCCGAAAAUGCCUUUGGUCUGGAGGGGCUUACGCUACCCUCCUCUAUGCGGAAGGAGCUCGUAGAUUAUAGUCGCCGGAUGAAGAAGGAGCUGUUCGAUAAAGAUACAUUCGACUGCGAAGUCUGUCUCGAGCCAAAGAAGGGGUCUGCCUGCUACCGCAUGGCCCGCUGCAGCCAUGUCUUUUGCAUCAAUUGCCUCCAAGACUACUACAACAACUGUAUAAAGGAGGGGGACGUCAACAACGUCAAGUGUAUGUCCACCGAAUGUGGUAGUAGUGGGAAGAAGAAGGACCGGCUGUUGUCGCCCAAGGAGCUGCUACAGAUCCCUAUAGCACGCGAUCAAGUCGAGCGAUACGCCAAGAUCAAGCGGAAGAAAAAGAUUGAAUCUGACCCUAGCAUCGUGUUUUGUCCACGCACAUGGUGUCAAGGUGCCAUGCGAACUACCAAAUACCCCAAGAUUACCGAUGUAACUCAGAUGGACGAUUCGGAUUCUGAAGCAGACGACGAGAGUCCAGCUCAGCAACAGGAAACCAACACUGAGCCUGGCCCAGAGAAGCGUGGAAUUGGCGUACGAGGUAUGGAUCGGUUACAGGUUUGCGAAGAUUGCACACUCGCUUUCUGUGUUGUCUGCUUAGCGUCAUGGCACGGAGAUUUCGUACGCUGCGAGCCACGCGAUGCUACACAACUGACCGAGGAGGACCAAGCAUCGCUCAACUUUAUCAUGAAGAACACCACACCCUGCCCGUACUGCUCUGUACCGUGCCAGAAAAGCAUGGGAUGUAACCACAUGACCUGCGCGCAAUGCAAGUCGCAUUUUUGUUAUCUUUGCUCCGCGUGGCUCAACCCAGAUCACCCAUACGCGCAUUUCAACGACCCCAAGAACAAGAACUGCUUCAUGCGCCUCAUGGACGGGGCCGAAGGCGACAUGGGAAACGGCGCUGUGCAGUUUGGUGGUAGGAGAGGGGCUGAGCAAGCGGCGGAGUUCUGGGAGCAAGAAGCCCUGCGUAUACAGAUGCUAGAAUUUGAUGAAUUCAUACGAUAG